AUGGUAGAAGCUUUGAUUUUCAUCCAAGAGCGUGGAUGUUAUCAUGUCGGAUUAAAGGACUGUAAAUCCUUUGUGUUCACGGAUGAAUUUCUAAAACUCAAUAUAGGAGGCAUUAAAACCUCGAAAAAAACAAGAGAGAGGACGAGUGAUGUUGAAGAUUUGGCCCACGCUGUGGCCAAAUUUUUUGAAGGUGUGCAAGAGGAUCUGAAUGACCUUGAAUCUGAUUCUGGCUCUCAUAUCAUCCGAGGAUUACGUGAGCUUGGUAAUCAAACGUUUGUGGGAUCAACAGCUUCAAUGAAGAUUUUUGAAGCAGAGGUCAAACAUUUAGUUACUCAUCUUUUGAAAAAUAGGACAUCAAUUAUACCUUAUAAUCUUUUGUGUUAUUUGUUUUCUUUUUUUUUUUUCAACCCAAGAAAUUGUAAACCAUCCUUUUUUUUGGACAUCGGACAAAAGGCUACAAUUUUUAGUCGACACGGGACGCAAGAGAUUGGUAAAAUUUCAACUGUUUUUCGAGACCCGAAUGAUUCACUGCCAUCGACAUUCGCAGCUGAGUUGAGGCACGAUCCUUCCACAAAUUUGCACCCCUCGAUCUUUUGCAUGCCAUUAGGCAUUGUAGGGUCCAUACUUUCAUAUGUGGACUUUAAAUUGAAUGAUGAUCUCAUUAAGAUUGAUAGGGAUCCUUGUGGACGACUGUUUUCAAUAGAAAAGCAAGUGCGGAUGAGUGUUUUCAAUAGAAAAGCAACCAUUGAACUCGAUGUGAUUCUUGGUGGCCGUGUUGUGCAGUAUACAGAAUUCCAAGGGCGCGAUUCUGACAAAUUUUUGUCAUCUUUUAAUCCAUGUUUCAUAACCCUUGAAGGUGGUGUUGCAUCUGAAACCUGA